CUCUUGAGGAACAGAAAAGAAAAAGAAAAAAGAAAAAGGGGAAGGAAAAUCUUACAACUUUGAAAAAGAAAAAUCAUGAAGAGUGACAAAAAACUAAAGAUUAAAAUUGAAGUAAAUACUACCCCACAAAACGGCUAGAAACCAGAGACACAAGUCUCAAUCCAAUCCAUUACAGAUAUUUCUUCUUUGCUCGUCAAAAACAGAACUUACCAAUCAUAAUCACCAACCAACAACGCCCAUCAAUCAUUCAAUGCUUCUUCACGUUCUACCCUUCUUAUACUUUCCCUUCUUGAACGGAAAUCUCUAAUCUUUUCAUUUCUCUUCGCCGAAAAUCCCACCUUUCUGCAUUUUACAAAGAUAAACCCGAGAGAAGAACCAGACCCAGAUGGAAUUUGAGUCCUUCUUGACGUCCUUAGCGACGUCGUUUCUCAUUUUCGUUGUGUUGAUGUCGCUCUUCUCGUGGCUGUCGAGGAAACAGGGGAAUACAGUUGUGUAUUAUCCGAACCGGAUCCUCAAGGGAAUGGAUCCGUGGGAUGGCGGGUCCAGGACCCGGAACCCGAUUGCGUGGAUCCGGGAAGCAUUGUCUUCCACCGAACAGGAUAUUAUUAACAUGUCUGGAGUGGAUACGGCUGUCUACUUUGUGUUCUUGAGCACUGUGUUGGGGAUAUUGGUUUUGUCUGGGAUUAUUCUCUUACCCUUACUACUACCACUUGCUGCAACCGAUGAUGGUGGAAAGAUAGUACAUGCCAGAACCAAUACAACCAUCAACGAACUGGACAAGAUAUCAAUGGCAAAUAUUGAAAAGCGUAGUCCAAGGUUGUGGGCCUUCUUAGUAGCCACCUAUUGGGUUUCUUUUGUCACGUAUUUGUUGUUAUGGAAGGCAUACAAACAUGUCUCUGAGCUGAGAAGCCAGGCUCUUAUGUCUCCGGAAGUUAAAUCAGAGCAAUUUGCCAUUCUUGUCAGAGACUUACCAGGCGUCCCUGAAGGUCAAACUCGAAAAGAACAGGUUGAUUCAUAUUUUACAACCAUCUAUCCUGACACGUUCUACAGAUCGGUGGUGAUCACAGACAACAAAGAGGUUCACAAGAUUUGGGAAGAACUAGAAGGUUACAGGAAGAAGCUCUCACAUGCAGAAGCCGUAUAUGCAGGGAGCAAAACAACAGCAAAUCCUGAAGGAACAAAACCUACCACCAAAACUGGCCUCCUUGGUCUUAUAGGUGAAAAGGUUGACAGCAUACAAUACUACAAUGACAAGAUCAACGAACUAAUUCCGAAAUUGGAAGCUGAACAAAAGGUCACUCUUCGAGAAAAGCAAAAAGGUGCUGCACUCGUAUUCUUCAACAACAGGGUUACAGCAGCCUCUGCGGCUCAGAGUCUUCAUGCCCCAAUGGUUGAUACCUGGACAGUCACUGGUGCUCCUGAGCCUCGUCAACUUCUUUGGAGCAAUCUCACAAUUAAGUUUUUCGGGAGAAUAAUCAGACAAUAUGCUGUUUAUAUCUUUGUGGCUUUGAUGAUACUGUUCUACAUGAUUCCAAUUAGUUUCAUUUCUGCUUUGACAACUCUGCCAAAGCUGCAGAAGGCACUCCCAUUUUUGAAGCCAAUUGUUGAAAUAGCACCAAUUAGGACAGUUCUGGAGGCAUAUCUUCCACAGAUUGCAUUAAUCGUGUUCUUGGCAUUGUUGCCUAAGCUGCUUUUGUUUCUCUCAAAGACAGAGGGAAUUCCUUCUCAAAGCCACGCAGUGAGGGCUGCUUCGGGUAAAUAUUUUUAUUUCAUUGUGCUGAAUGUUUUUAUCGGAGUUACAAUUACCGGAACGUUAUUCGGUACAUUAAAGACCAUUCAGAAUGAUAUCAAUGGCAUUGUUGGUCUGCUCGCAAAGAGCCUUCCUGGCAAUGCAACUUUCUUCCUUACCUUCGUGGCUCUCAAAUUCUUUGUUGGCUAUGGACUAGAGCUAUCCCGAUUAGUUCCGUUAAUAAUAUAUCAUAUAAAAAGGAAGUACCUUUGCAAGACUGAAGCGGAGUUGAAAGACGCUUGGUUUCCCGGUGACUUAAGCUAUGCAACUAGAGUUCCCAGUGACAUGCUUAUUAUCACAAUUACGUUUUGCUACUCUGUUAUAGCUCCUCUUAUCAUCCCAUUCGGCGUGCUUUACUUUGGCUUUGGAUGGCUUGUUCUGCGCAAUCAGGCUCUCAAGGUGUACGUUCCCUCAUACGAGAGCUACGGACAGAUGUGGCCUCACUUACAUUCACGCCUCAUAGCUGCAUUGCUACUAUACCAACUCACCAUGGCUGGUUUCUUCGGAGUGAUGGAAUUCAUGUUUGCUCCUUUCAUGAUUCCACUUCCUAUAAUCUCAUUGAUCUUUGAAUUCGUCUGUAGAGAAAAGUUCUACCGGUUUUUUCAGCAUCCAGCUCUUGAACCUGCAUCCAAAGAGAUAAAAGAAACACCUAACAUGGAACAAAUCUUCAGAUCCUACAUUCCACCAUACUUGAACUAUGAGAAAGCCGAUGACGAACAGUUCGAAGAUGCUUUAUCUCAAGUUUCAAAAACAGGAUCGACGGUUUAAUUCAUGUAU